UCUAAUGGAGGCACUCCUAUUAUCACAUCUGCAGUGGCAGCGUUGCAUUCUGCACAGCAGAACCAUUUUGAGUCAAACCAAACCGCCCCACCGAAUCUGUGAGGCCAAUUUCAACAUUGUUGCGUGAUUACUGUGUAGGCUAGGCUGGAUUUUUAUAAACAGACGGGGAAUCUUCGACCAUUUGACAGCGAGUAUAUAAACAAGGAUUGCCAAGGAUGCUGGUGACAUAGCCUAGCGCAGAGCGUUUAGCAAAGCAAGGGAGCGAGGUUGGGGUUCUAGCGCGUCAGUGCCUUCGACGGUCUAUACGUUUCUCUUUGAAGAUCUCCUUUAUAUAAAAUGUAGCACCCUAUAUUUUAAUAGAUCAACAUGACAGACAUUAUUGUCAUAUAUUUAGGUUGAGAGAGAACGGAACAUCGUCAGCGCUGUCAAGCAAAUCAUCGUGCGCUUCAUCUCGUGCGCGUUUUGAAUCGUGUCUCGCUCCACUCCUGUUGUCCUCCUCUCCGGUCUUUUGGCAUCACCGACGGAGGCUGCUAAUGCUGCCGUAGCUUGGGAAAAGAACUCCUAGCAACUACCGGUACUGGGCUGUACAUUCUAUUACCUAGCCUAUAUGCUGUGAAUUAUUCCGCAUGAUGUUUAUGUCCUAUACCAGGGGGAAGGCUUCAUAGACAUUGCGUUUGGUUUGCUCAGAUUUGAUACAGUCGCUGUCGUCACCAUUGCUUAGGAAAAGGAGAUAACUGCUGCUCUGUAAGCUGCUGGGGGACGGUUUGUUUUAUACUGUAGUGCGUUAUGGUCAUGAGUGAUAUCCGAAAUACAAUCUGAUAUUUACUGUGUUUGUCAAGGGUGUAUGAUAGGGACACAGGCAAGUGCCAGGAGCGACGUGUCUGACAGACGGCUAGACAGCCAUACAUAGCCCACGAGAGAGGGGGGAGGUAUUUCUCACAUAGGCUAGUUCAGGAGCCGCCAAGUUUUCAUAGUUAUCACUUAGGCUAAAUAUAGGCGCGGGCUUGCAGAUGAGAUUCUCCAGUUCACGCACAAGCUUCGCGAUGCGACGUCAUGAGUUGAAUAUGCAGCAAGUUUUGAAUAUGCCUUUGAUGUUAUUGAUUCAUUUGCAUGGGUGCAUGUCUAACUGAGGCUACUUCUGGGUGAUUUUCUACAGACGACAUAUCCACUGACUCCAGCAUUUCUCGGCAAAUUAAUUAGUCAGUGGCCCCUGUUGCACGACCAAAUUUUGGCUAAAUCCAGACCUAUCUACAUUUUAAGAAUACCAGGAUUGGGAUACAACAUAAACUGUGCCACAAUGAUACCCGGAUCGGCUGCGUCGAUGCUCGCACCGAUGUCUUUGGAGGACAUCAAACUAUACCAGCAUAACUACGUUCGCAACUCCCGUGCCAUCGGACUCCUGUGGGCCAUCUUCACCAUCCUGUUCGCCAUCUUGAACGUGGUGAUCUUCAGCCAGCCCUAUUGGAUCGGGGACGGCGCUGACACCCCGCAGGCCGGCUACUUUGGCCUCUUCCACUUUUGCACGGGCGAUGGAAUCCAGCGAGAGCUCGACUGCACCGGGACCUUUACAGAGUUCGCAAAUAUCCCUUCCACUGCUUUCAAGGCCGCGUCGUUCUUCGUCGGGAUGUCCAUGAUGCUGGUGAUGGCUUGCAUUGCUUCCUUCACUCUCUUCUUCCUGUUCUCCACUACCACCGUCUACAAGAUCUGCGGCUGGAUGCAGGGUGCCUCGGGGGUGUGUUUGGUGAUGGGCUGUAUAAUCUACCCGGAUGGCUGGGACAGUAACGUGGUCAGGCAGAUGUGCGGGGAGCAGACAGACAAGUACAGUCUGGGGGCGUGCUCCAUGCGCUGGGCCUACAUCCUGGCCAUCAUGGGCGUCCUGAACGCCCUCAUGCUGUCUUUCCUGGCCUUCGUACUGGGAAACAGGCAGGACGGACUCAUGACCGAGGAACUGCUGGCUGAGAGCAAGGCUGGAAAUGCCUAACCGAAUCUCCAGGUCUCUGCGUUACCUAAUGUGUUCAUCAUUUGUCAUCACGUUCCAGCUUUAAACCCAUCACGCCUAAACAGAGGAAGACCCACUCUGACUGUGGUUGAGUGGAUAGAUGGAGAGAGCAGGAAUUGGAGAGACAGGAAGCGGGAAGGACAUUGAAUUUGAGAUGGAGAAAAAAGGAGGACAUCAAUGAAGGAGAGCUGUGGAUCCAGGAGCCUCGUUAGUUUGCACCUGGAACCGCUCCACUGUAACCCUAACCUUAACCACCUAACCCCAACCCCUAAUACUAACAAUCUAACCCAAACGCACUGCAAAAUCUAACCCAGACUCUAACCCCAAAACUCUCACCCACUGUAAUCCUAACGUUAACCACCUAACCCUAACCCCUAAUUCUAACACCCCAACACUCUAAACCCUAACCCACUGCAACAUGUAACCCUAAAUCUAACUAUAACACUCAAACUCCAUAAACCUAACACUCCCACUGUAACCCUAACCCCUAACCCUCACCCCCUACCCCCACAACCCUAACUUUAACCUCUGUAAUCCUAACCCCUAAUCCUCACCCCCUACCCCCACAACCCUAACUUUAACCACUGUAAUCCUAAUCUUAACCAUCUAACCCUAACCCCUAACACUCUGGUCUAUGCUGCAUCUUAGAGCUGGCAUCAUGGACGGAAAACUAUCCAAAAUGACCACACUGACCUCUUCUGAUGCUGUUCAUUAGAGAAGUAUAAAUGUAAGGCUAAAUUAGAUAGCCAAUAUUGCUGAUUGUUAAUGGGUUAAAUUGAUGGAUAAACCCAUGAGGUAAACUGGCGUUUAAGUGUUGGCCAGACAAAGUUAAAAGCUGGCUGCAGUGCCCUUGAGCAAGGCAUUUAAUUCUAAUUGCUCCUGUGAUGUAUGUCUGCUAAAAUGUAAUUACAGUAUUCAUUUUGAUUGAACUUUGGUGCACAUUAUCAUUCUAUUUAUAGUUAUCACACCCCUUCAGGCAGUGUGAUGCAAUAGGGAUCUUUUGUCCAGCUCUACAUUACCAGCCACACCACACUACACUACACCAAUAUUGUGGCCCCUAGGGACCCUGUCUCAGACAACCACCACACUGCAGUUUAUCAGCCAAGAUCUUGACAGGGAUAAAGACUUUGACUAUACAACUAGACACAUGGAUCACCUGCAAGAAGAUGGAUGAUGUUCUGGGUCAAACUGUUCCACUACUUGUGUUUACUAGUACACACACACACACACAGAUGUCAAGGUAACACUUGAAAACACAGGCAGCAUUCUUGGACAUUAACCUUGUAAUAAAUCCCCAAUGAUAACCCAGUGGGUCAAUAGUGUAGUUUAUUAGGGGACUAUGCUAUACUGUUUAUUCUCCUGGAUGGGUUCUGUUUUAGUUGUGAACAAAAAAA